AUGAAUGGCCGUGGACCUGGCCCUGCCCCUGUCCCUAGCCCUGGUGGCCCUCCUCGCCCUGCACCUCCCCUCCCCCCUCCUCCUGCUCUCUCCAGAUCCAACAACAACAUCAACAACAACCACCCCCUCCUUCCCUAUCCUUAUGAUGCCAAAUCCAGGACCGGCCGCACUAACUUAGCAUCGUGUGCCGUCGCCACCGUGUUCCUACUCGCCAUCGCCGCAGCUGCCGUCGCCGUCUACUUCUUCGUCUUCAAGCCCAAGCCCCCUCUCAUCGCUGUUAACGCCGUUCAGUUCCCCGCCUUCUCCGUCUCCAACGGCACCGUCAACUUCGAGUUCUUCCAGUACGUCACCGUUACCAACCCCAACCGCGACGAGUUCGCGCACUACGACAGCUCCCUGCAGCUGGUCUACUCCGGCGAGCCCGUGGGGGUCGUUUUCAUCCCCGCGGGCAGGAUCGUGGGCGGUGGAAGGCAGAAAAUGUCGGCCAAAUUCGACUUGCAGAAGUACCCUCUCCCGGCGCCGGCGAAGGCCGCGAUCGGGGUGGUGGAGGGGGGGACCAUGGAGAUAGAGACGCGGAUGAAGCUAGCGGGGAGGGUUAGGGUGCUGAAGGUGUUCAUGCACCGAGUGGAGAGUAGGGUCAAGUGUGGGGUGUCGGUUGAGGCCACGCGAGGGGCCGUUCUGGGCCUCCAAUGCUGA